AAAUACAUAAUUGUCUUUGUUUUUUUUUUUUUUUUUUUUCCAGGACAAAUUAUUGGGUAUCGCAGGGAAGAAAAUUUUGCGAAUUUUGCAAAUGUUCAAUUGCUGACAACAAGCCUUAUACAAUUUCAUGAAAAUGGUCGAAAGCACAAAGAAAAUGUUUCCAAGAAACUUACAGAAAUGCAAAAAAAAGCAUCGAAAGAAGCAAGAAAUGCUGUCAAUUUUGAAAAUGAAAUGAAAAAAAUUGAAGCGGCAGCUUUAAAAGCAUAUGCGAACGAUGUAAAAUUGAAUGCCGAUUAUACAUCUCAUUUAAUUAAAUCGGGAGAAAAAAUUUUACCGACUCCUGAAAUAGAUACAAAACCAAAUAAUAAUAAGAAUUUAUUAGAAUUUAAAAAGAGAAAAGAAGGAAUUUCGGAAGAUUCAAAUAGAAACGAUUAUGCGGGAGAAUCAACUUCAAGAACGACAUCUACAGGUUUAGAAAAAUCAAUGUCGAAUUUUUCAUCCAAGAAAAAAUCAAAAAUUUUAUGGAAAAAACAAAAAAAACCAAACAAAACAAAUGUUUUCUCUGAUGGUGAAAAACAAACGCAACCUAAUAUUGAUCCUCGAGAGGAAACAAAUUUUGUAUCUUUUCCCCAGGGACAUCCUUACGGUAAAUGGAAAACCGUUGAAACAAUAGAAAAAAAACCAGUUGACUUGCAAUUGCCCGUUCAAGAAUUUAUUUCAAUUUCGGUACCAAAACUUUCUCAGGACAUUGAAAAAAAAUUUAAAGAAAAAGUUAUUGAGCCUGAUACAAAUUCAUGCAAAAAAGAAAAAGCAACUUUUAUAAAAAGAAAAAUUUCAGCAGAUGUUAAAAAUAAUAUAAGAAAAAAAAUAAAAAUUGAUGACGAUAAUUAA